ACAAAAUUCUUAUCUUAAAAAUCUUCCCAAAACCCAUUUUUAUUUUCUCCUUUUGUAAAACUUAAAAUUAAAAUUAAAAUUAAAAUUUUACAUCUUUUAUUUUCUCUGUUUUGUGUUUUUUUCCCACUUGACAGAUUGGGUAUCUUUUCUUAAACUUUACUAAAAUUUCAUAAACCCCACCAAAUAUUCCAUUUAUUUAACCGAAAUCCAAUUUUCAAAAAUCAAAAACUAUUUUCUUUUCCUUUCAAAAUUGUUAUAAUCUUAAUUCUUGAUUAAUUUUUUUAUUUUAAUUAAAUGUAAUUUUUUUUGCUUUAGCAAGCAGUUAGUCAAGAUUUAGAAGAACCGCCAUACUUAAAUUGGGAAAGUCCUUUAAAGGUGGGUUAUAGUAUGCCUAUUUGUCUGAACCCACCUUUUCCUUUUUCAUCUUCUACAAUUCUUCUUCUUCCGUUAAAGUUUUGAGCAAUUUCUGUUUUUUAUUUCCUUCCUAUUUUUAAAAUGAUUUAAAUUCAAAAAACUAUAUAAAUAUUCAUUUAUUUUUCUUUUUUCCCAAUGGUUAAAGGUUGUAUAUGUGUCUCUCUCUCUAGAGUAUGUGUUUUUAGCUGAGUUCCACCGUGACUGUUCCCUUUCCCCCUUCCUCCUCCUCCUUCUUAUCCCCUUUACGUUCUCUCUCCUCCAUCUCUAUCCCUUAAAAUUUUCUUGGGAAAAUAAACCCUUUUUCCAUCUGGGUUUUCAAUUUUAUCACCUGGGUUUCCAUUACUUUCUCCUGGGUGUUUCGAUUUUCCCGUGUUCGAAUCGAGAAAACACGGUUUUUCUCGUGUUAAAACCCUUGUUUUCUGUUUUUUUGGGUGCAGUUUUGAUGGAAGAAAUUCAUGGAAUGAUUGGUGGAAGUGUUAUUAUAUACGAAAGGUGAUCGAUAUAUUAGUAGGAGUAAUAGUAAAAUAACAAUUGCAAUUGAUGAUGGAGAGAGUGUUGUUAUUUGAAGUGUAGAAGAAGCAAAGUAGUCAUUGUUGUGAUAAUAAUAAAAACUAUUAUCAUCAUUUCAAAAAGAGAAGAGUAUUAGGGAAGAAGAAUUACUUAAAUAGUAUUUUAUUUAGCUAUGAAUAUUAGUAACAAAACCCAGUUAAACUCCAUUAGUACGGCGAGCGAUCUCAUAGAUGCUAAGCUGGAAGAACAUCAGUUAUGUGGAUCAAAACACUGCCCUGGUUGCGGCCAUAAGCUCGAAGGAUCGAAACCGUUUCUUGAAUAUUUUUGGGGACAGGAUUGGGUAGGUCUACCAGCUGGUGUUAAAUUUGACCCAACAGACCAAGAGUUGAUAGAACAUCUCGAAGCUAAAGUGGAAGGGAAAUCCUCCAAAUCUUCUCAUCCAUUAAUUGAUGAGUUUAUCCCUACUAUUGAAGGUGAAGAUGGAAUUUGUUACACUCAUCCUGAAAAACUCCCUGGAGUGACAAGAGAUGGAUUGAGCAGACAUUUCUUCCAUAGACCAUCGAAAGCAUACACCACCGGAACGCGAAAGAGAAGGAAAAUACAAACCGAAUGCGACCUCCAAGGUGGCGAAACUCGGUGGCAUAAAACCGGAAAAACAAGGCCAGUGAUGGUGAAUGGGAAACAAAAGGGGUGUAAGAAGAUCCUAGUCCUAUACACAAACUUCGGCAAAAACCGAAAACCCGAGAAAACGAACUGGGUAAUGCAUCAGUAUCACCUAGGACAACAUGAGGAAGAAAAGGAAGGGGAACUUGUGGUUUCAAAGAUAUUCUACCAAACACAGCCUAGGCAGUGUAACUGGACCUCGGAACGAACCGCGACUACCGGAGAUGGGAGUGAGCCUAGUGGAAGGAGAGAAAGUGGGAGUGGGAGUGGAAGUACUUCCUCUUCAAAAGAGGUGAUCACUCAUCAUAAUAGGGAUGAUCAGAUGUCGAUUUCUGCUGGGGUUGUUGGUGGUGGUGCUGCUGCGGCUGCGGCGGUGGCGGCUGCUGCUGCACUUUCUAGUUUUACUGCAUUGGAUAUGCAGCAUUUGAGAGCUACUGCUGAACAGUUCAGCUUUGUCCCAUUUAGUAGAAAAACGUUUGAUGAGGCGGGAAUUGGAGAUGCUUCAACAACGGUAAGGGAGAGUGCUUCAAUGUCGGCCGUAUGCGACAACCACGAGCAAAGGCAACAACAACAACAACAACAACAACAACAACAGCAACAACAACAUCAUCAUCAUCUGCAUCACAAUCCUCAUGCCAUGAAUGCUCCUCAAGAUCAUCAUCACCAUCACCAUACACAUCAAUCCAUAACAACGUCGGCCGCCUUCCACAUGAAUAGACCAUCAAAUCCCAUUUCCCAAAUCAUAUCUCCUCCUCCUCUUCAUCAUGCUUCCAUUAUUCUUGAUGAUGACUCCUUUCACCAUGUCUCCAGAAUGCUUCAAAAUCAAAAUUUUCAUCAUCAGCAACAACAACAAAAUCAGCAACAACAGCAGCAGCAACAACAACAUCAGCAGCAACAUCAGCAGCAACAUCAGCAGACAACACAACAACAACAACAACAACAACAACAUCAUCAUAAACUAGCAGCAAGGUCUGGAGCUGGUUUAGAAGAAAUAAUCAUGGGCUGCACUUCUUCUGCUUCUCCUUCUGCUAGUGGUGGUAUCAAGGAAUCUUCCUUGACAAAUCCACCAACAGAAGCAGACUGGAUGAAGUACUCCACAUUUUGGCAUGAUCCUGACCAUUCAGAUCAUCAUCAUCAUCAUGGAUGACACCUCCAAAAAAACAAUUUUUUUUUUUACAGAAAAAGAAAACAAUUUUAUCAUUAUCACCAUAGUAAAUCAAUCUUUAGCGUUCGCCUACAGUUCUUUGAUACAGAAAUCGGAAAUGUUGUUCAGAUGGUCUAAGAGAAGUCCUACUCUUUAUACACAUGUACGUAGCUCUUUAUACACAUGUACGUAGUACUAUAUAAACAUAGCCUUGUUAUAUUUUGUUUUUGGUUUUUUUUUUGUUUUUUUUGGGGUGGAAUUCUGAAAUAGAUCAGCAACUGAACUAACUGAACAACUGUCCCAUGUUGUAUAGAAAGAAAAAGGAGAAAGAAAAAAGGCUUCUUCUCCUACAAAGAAAAAGAAAGAAAGGCUGCUGGACAACUGACCAAUUUAGAAGACCAAAAAGCACAUCAAAAUCAUCUAUACUAUGAUUACAAAAUCAUCUUUUUAAGGUGUAUAAUUUUUUUAUUUUUAUUUUAUUUUGUGGUUUUUUGUAGGAUAUACUUUCUUUUAUUUUUUUAAUUUUUAUAAAAGAAAAUUAAAAAAUAUGCCAUUAA